AUCGCCAGUCAGCCCCGACGCACGCGGACGCCUCUCUCCCCCUCGCCCCUUGCGUUAGCGGUUUGGGAGGAGGAGCCCACGAGAGAAGCAGUGAGAGGGGGGAGAGGCGAGGGGCCGUGCGUCGGCGUCUUCUGUGAUGGGGAACUCGGAGCGGUAGGAGGCGAGCAGUAGCGGCGCGGCUGCAGCUCUGAGCGGACCCGAGAGCCCGCGCUCCUCCCGGCAGGCUGCGCUGUGAUCCGGGCUGCGGAUUGGGAUCUAGCUCCCCCGACCCUCUCCUCCACCGCUGUUCCCUUCCUCCGCCUGCGAACCUGCUGCGGUGGCGUCUGGAGCGCCGAGCGCCGAGCGCCUCGGCUCGCUUCCCCAGGCCCGGGAGCGCGCGCGGGCACUGCGGCGGCAGCGGCUGGGAGGCCGGCUCGCCGUAGGCGAGAGCGCCGGGGGAAGACCACGGGAAAGCGCCUGGUGGAGCCGUGGAUCUCCGGCUGAGGCAAGGGAUGGAAGUAUGAUGUGAUGGAUGUAAUUAUGGGACACUGUGUGGGGACACGAUCUCCUUCUUCUUGCUUCAUCCUCCUGCUUCUCAAGCUUUUGGCCACUGUCUCCCAGGGGCUACCAGGGACAGGACCCCUGGGCUUUCACUUCACACAUUCCAUUUAUAAUGCUACAGUAUAUGAGAAUUCUGCAGCAAGGACCUACAUCAACAGCCAGAGCAGAAUGGGCAUCACCUUAAUAGAUUUGUCCUGGGAUAUCAAAUACAGAAUAGUGUCCGGAGACGAGGAAGGCUUUUUCAAAGCAGAAGAAGUCAUCAUUGCAGAUUUCUGUUUUCUCAGAAUAAGAACUAAAGGUGGGAAUUCUGCCAUAUUGAAUAGGGAAAUUCAGGACAAUUAUUUAUUGAUAGUAAAAGGUUCUGUCAGAGGAGAAGAUCUGGAAGCAUGGACCAAAGUGAAUAUCCAGGUUUUAGACAUGAAUGAUCUGAGGCCUCUGUUUUCACCCACAACGUACUCUGUUACAAUAGCAGAAAGCACACCUCUAAGGACUAGUGUUGCUCAGGUGACAGCAACAGAUGCUGAUAUUGGUUCUAAUGGCGAAUUCUACUAUUACUUUAAAAACAAAGUUGAUCUCUUUUCAGUUCACCCCACAAGUGGUGUCAUCUCUUUAAGUGGACGAUUAAAUUAUGAUGAAAAGAACAGGUAUGAUCUGGAAAUUUUAGCUGUGGACCGAGGAAUGAAACUCUAUGGCAACAAUGGAGUGAGCAGUACUGCAAAGCUUUAUGUUCACAUUGAACGUAUAAAUGAGCAUGCCCCAACGAUCCAGGUAGUCACUCAUGUUCCUUUUUCAGUGGACAAAGAGCCGACAUAUGCAGUGGUGACAGUUGAUGACCUAGAUGAGGGGGCCAAUGGAGAGAUUGAGUCUGUUUCCAUUGUGGCUGGAGAUCCUUUAGAUCAGUUCUUCCUGGCUAAGGAAGGAAAGUGGAUGAAUGAAUACAAGAUCAAGGAGAGGAAACAAGUUGACUGGGCAAGCUUUUCCUAUGGCUACAACCUCACUCUUCAAGCAAAAGACAAAGGGUCACCUCAAAAGUUUUCAGCACUAAAGAUAGUCCACAUUGCCAACCCCAAAAGGGACACUGUCCCUGUUAGAUUUGAAAAAGAAGUGUAUGAUGUCAACAUAAGUGAAUUUUCCCCUCCUGGUGUUGUGGUUGCUGUAGUAAAAUUAAAUCCUGAAUCUCUGGAUGUGGAAUACAAAUUGUCUCCUGGUGAGGAUGCGGUACACUUCAAAAUCAAUCCUAGGUCAGGUUUGAUUGUCACAUCACAGCCACUGAAUACUAUUAAGAAGGAGGUCUAUAAGCUGGAGGUGACAAAUAAAGAAGGAGAUAUAAAAGCACAAGUUACCAUUGGCAUAGAAGAUGCAAAUGACCAUACCCCAGAAUUCCAGCAGGCUCUGUAUGAUACAUUUGUGAAUGAAAGUGUUCCAGUAGGAACAAGCAUUCUGACAGUUUCAGCUUCUGAUAAGGAUAAAGGAGAAAAUGGAUACAUCACUUACAGUAUUGCCAGCUUGAAUUUGUUACCAUUUGCCAUUAACCAGUUUACAGGUGUAAUUAGCACAACUGAAGAAUUGGAUUUCGAAUCUUCUCCAGAAACUUACAGAUUCAUUGUCAGAGCCUCUGACUGGGGUUCACCAUACCGACAUGAAAGUGAAGUAAAUGUGACCAUCCGAAUAGGAAAUGUCAAUGACAACAGCCCUCUCUUUGAAAAAGUAGCUUGUCAGGGAGUUAUUUCAUAUGACUUUCCAGUUGGUGGUCACAUCACAGCUGUGUCAGCAAUCGAUAUUGAUGAACUUGAACUUGUAAAGUACAAAAUCAUUUCUGGAAAUGAACUUGGUUUCUUUUAUUUAAACCCAGACUCUGGUGUUUUACAGCUUAAAAAAUCACUGAUGAAUCCCGGCAUUAAAAAUGGUAAUUUUGCCCUGAGAAUUACAGCAACCGAUGGAGAGAAUUUUGCAGACCCCAUGGCUAUUAACAUUUCAGUCCUCCAUGGGAAAGUGUCUUCAAAGAGCUUCAGUUGCAGAGAAACUCGUGUGGCUCAGAAACUGGCAGAAAAACUACUCAUUAAGGCAAAAGCAAAUGGGAAACUGAAUCUGGAAGAUGGAUUUCUUGACUUUUAUUCAGUUAAUAGGCAAGGACCACAUUUUGACAAAUCCUUUCCUUCUGACGUGGCUGUGAAAGAGAAUCUUCCAGUUGGUGCUAACAUCCUGAAUAUUAAAGCUUAUGAUGCUGAUUCUGGCUUUAAUGGAAAGGUGCUAUUUACAAUAUCUGAUGGAAAUACUGACAGUUGCUUCAACAUUGAUAUGGAAACUGGGCAACUUAAAGUCCUUAUGCCCAUGGAUCGAGAGCACACAGACCUCUAUCUCCUUAAUAUCACCAUCUAUGAUUUGGGUAAUCCACAGAAAUCUUCGUGGAGAUUACUAACCAUCAAUGUGGAGGAUGCUAAUGAUAAUAGCCCCAUUUUUCUUCAAGAAAGUUACUCUGUUAACAUUCUUGAAAGUUCAAGUAUUGGUACUGAGAUUAUUCAGGUGGAAGCCAGAGACAAAGACCUGGGUUCCAAUGGUGAAGUGACUUACUCAGUUUUGACAAAUACACAGCAGUUUGCCAUCAAUAGCUCAACUGGAAUCAUUUAUGUUGCAGACCAAUUGGACCGGGAAUCCAAAGCAAACUAUUCCUUGAAAAUAGAAGCCAGAGACAAAGCAGAAAAUGGUCAACAGCUAUUUUCAGUUGUUACCCUUAAGGUUUUUCUGGAUGAUGUAAAUGAUUGCUCCCCUGCUUUCAUUCCGAGUAGCUAUAGUGUGAAGGUUCUUGAAGACCUCCCUGUUGGCACUGUCAUUGCCUGGUUGGAAACUCAAGAUCCAGACCUCGGAUUAGGGGGUCAAGUGCGUUAUUCUUUGGUAAAUGAUUAUAAUGGGAGAUUUGAAAUAGAUAAAGCAAGUGGUGCCAUCCGCCUGAGCAAAGAGCUUGACUAUGAAAAGCAACAGUUUUAUAACCUCACAGUUCGGGCCAAAGACAAAGGACGACCUGUUUCUUUGUCAUCUGUUUCCUUUGUUGAGGUGGAAGUUGUGGAUGUCAAUGAAAACCUUCAUACCCCCUACUUCCCAGACUUUGCUGUUGUUGGAUCUGUAAAAGAAAACUCACGCAUUGGAACAAGUGUGCUGCAGGUGACUGCCCAGGAUGAAGACUCCGGGAGGGAUGGAGAGAUCCAGUACUCCAUCAGGGAUGGCAGCGGACUUGGAAGGUUCAAUAUAGAUGAUGAGAGUGGGGUCAUCACUGCUGCAGACAUUCUUGAUCGAGAAACAACGGGGUCAUACUGGCUGACAGUGUAUGCCACAGACAGGGGUGUUGUUCCACUCUAUUCCACCAUUGAGGUCUACAUUGAAAUUGAAGAUGUGAAUGACAAUGCUCCCCUGACCUCAGAACCGAUUUAUUAUCCUGUUGUCAUGGAAAAUUCACCCAAGGAUAUAUCUGUCAUUCAGAUCCAAGCUGAAGAUCCUGACUCCAGCUCUAAUGAAAAACUGACAUACAGGAUUACAAGUGGAAAUCCACAGAAUUUUUUUGCCAUCAAUAUCAAAACAGGUCUGAUUACCACAACCUCAAGGAAAUUGGAUCGGGAACAGCAGGCAGAACAUUUUUUGGAGGUAACUGUGACAGAUGGUGGCUCUUCUCCAAAACAGUCCACCAUUUGGGUAGUGGUUCAGGUUCUGGAUGAAAAUGACAACAAGCCCCAGUUCCCUGAGAAGGUCUACCAGAUCAAGCUACCAGAACGUGAUCGAAAGAAAAGGGGAGAGCCCAUUUACAGGGCUUUUGCGUUUGACAGAGAUGAGGGCCCCAACGCAGAAAUCUCGUACAAUAUCGUGGAUGGGAACGAUGAUGGAAAGUUCUUUAUUGACCCAAAAACCGGCAUGGUUUCUUCCAGAAAGCAGUUUACAGCAGGGAGUUAUGACAUCCUAACGAUAAAGGCUGUGGACAAUGGCCGCCCACAGAAAUUCUCCACGGCUCGCCUCCACAUUGAAUGGAUUAAGAAACCACCCCCCUCACCUAUACCGUUGACCUUCGAUGAGCCAUUUUAUAACUUCACAGUAAUGGAAAGCGAUAGAGUAACGGAGAUCGUAGGGGUGGUGUCUGUGCAGCCAUCUAACACCCCUCUGUGGUUUGACAUAGUUGGUGGCAAGCAUGCUCGAGAGAUGUUCUAUAUUCUACAGACAGCUUGUGGGCAGAACUGUUCAACAGAAGGGGGGAAUUUUGACAGCUCUUUUGAUGCAGAGAAGGGUGUUGGAACAAUUGUCAUCGCAAAACCUUUGGAUGCAGAGCAGAGGUCUGUCUAUAACAUGACUGUGGAAGUCACCGAUGGGACAAAUGUUGCUGUCACUCAGGUAUUUAUUAAAGUGCUGGACAAUAAUGAUAAUGGCCCAGAAUUUUCUCAGCCAAAUUAUGAUGUGACAAUUUCUGAGGAUGUGCUUCCAGAUACAGAAAUACUGCAGAUUGAAGCCACAGAUAGAGAUGAGAAGCACAAGCUGAGCUACACUGUCCACAGCAGCAUUGAUUCCAUCAGUAUGAGAAAGUUCCGGAUUGACCCCACCACUGGCGUGCUCUACACUGCUGAGAGACUGGAUCAUGAGGCCCAGGAUAAGCACAUUCUCAACAUAAUGGUCAGAGAUCAGGAGUUUCCUUAUCGAAGAAACUUGGCCCGAGUCAUUGUGAAUGUGGAAGAUGCUAAUGAUCACAGUCCUUAUUUUACCAACCCACUGUAUGAAGCAUCUGUGUUUGAAUCGGCUGCUCUGGGAUCAGCUGUACUACAAGUGACGGCUCUGGACAAAGACAAAGGGGAAAAUGCAGAACUCAUAUAUACCAUAGAAGCAGGGAAUACUGGGAACACAUUUAAGAUAGAACCAGUCCUGGGCAUCAUCACUGUUUCCAAAGAACCAGACAUGACAACGAUGGGUCAGUUCGUCCUGUCAGUCAAAGUCACAGAUCAAGGUUCCCCACCAAUGUCUGCCACUGCAAUUGUGCGCGUUUCUGUCACCAUGUCUGAUAAUUCUCACCCCAAGUUCACUCACAAAGACUAUCAAGCUGAAGUAAAUGAGAAUGUUGAUAUUGGAACAUCAGUCAUUCUAAUCUCUGCCAUCAGUCAAUCAACCCUCAUUUAUGAAGUCAAAGAUGGAAACAAUGAUGGAAUCUUUACCAUCAAUCCAUAUUCUGGAGUCAUCACCACUCGAAGGACUCUGGAUUAUGAGCAUACUUCUUCUUAUCAACUCAUCAUUCAGGCCACUAACAUGGCAGGGAUGGCUUCCAAUGCCACAGUCAAUAUUCAGAUUGUUGAUGAAAAUGAUAAUGCUCCAGUUUUUCUCUUUUCUCAAUACUCAGGCAGUCUAAGUGAGGCAGCCCCAGUCAAUAGCAUUGUCAGGAGCUUGGAUAACAGCCCACUGGUGAUUCGAGCCACCGAUGCGGACAGUAACCAGAAUGCACUGCUCAUGUAUCAGAUUGUGGAAUCCAUGGCCAAGAAGUUUUUCACAGUGGACUCCAGUACAGGUGCAAUCAGAACAAUUGCAAACCUGGACCAUGAGACCAUUGCUCAUUUCCAUUUUCAUGUGCAAGUGAGAGACAGUGGGAGCCCCCAGCUGACUGCAGAGAGUCCUGUUGAAGUCAACAUUGAGGUGACAGAUGUGAAUGAUAACCCACCUGUUUUCUCUCAAGCUGUGUUUGAAACUGUCUUACUUCUCCCUACCUAUGUGGGAGUGGAGGUUCUGAAAGUCAGUGCCACAGAUCCUGACUCUGAAGUGCCACCUGAACUGACCUACAGCCUAAUGGAAGGCAGCUUGGAUCAUUUUUUAAUUGACUCAAAUAGUGGAGUGCUCACCAUAAAAAACAACAACCUUUCCAAAGAUCACUAUAUGCUGAUAGUUAAAGUGUCUGAUGGAAAGUUCUAUAGCACAUCCAUGGUCACCAUCAUGGUUAAAGAAGCCAUGGACAGUGGCCUCCACUUUACACAAAGCUUUUACUCCACCUCAAUCUUAGAGAACAACACUAACAUAACCAAAGUAGCUAUUGUCAAUGCAGUUGGAAACCGCCUUAAUGAGCCCUUAAAAUAUAGCAUUUUAAACCCAGGAAAUAAAUUCAAGAUAAAAUCUACCUCAGGAGUCAUUCAGACCACUGGAGUCCCCUUUGAUCGUGAAGAACAAGAAUUAUAUGAGUUGGUAGUGGAAACCAGCCGAGAGCUGGACCAUCUGCGUGUGGCUAGGGUGGUGGUCAGGGUUAACAUUGAAGACAUAAAUGACAAUUCUCCAAUCUUUGUGGGACUCCCCUACUAUGCUGCUGUGCAAGUUGAUGCUGAGCCUGGGACUCUAAUAUACCGGGUGACAGCCAUUGACAGAGAUAAAGGUGCAAAUGGAGAAGUAACCUAUGUCCUUCAGGAUGAUUAUGGCCACUUUAAAAUUAACCCUAAUUCAGGGAAUGUUAUUUUAAAAGAAGCAUUCAACUCUGACUUGUCCAACAUUGAGUAUGAAGUCACUGUUGUAGCCAAAGAUGGUGGAAAACCCUCUUUGUCCACAUCUGUGGAACUUCCCAUCACUAUUGUCAACAAAGCAAUGCCAGUGUUUGAUAAGCCAUUUUAUACGGCAUCCAUCAAUGAAGACGUUAGAACGGACACUCCCAUUCUAAGCAUCAAUGCAACCAGUCCAGAAGGUCAAGGCAUCAUAUAUAUUAUUAUUGAUGGGGAUCCUUUUAAACAGUUUAACAUUGAUUUUGAUACUGGAGUCCUGAAAGUUGUUAGUCCUUUAGAUUAUGAAGUUACAUCUGUUCACAAGUUGACAGUAAGAGCCAGUGAUGCCCUCACUGGUGCUAGGGCUGAAGUCACUGUUGACUUGCUAGUUAAUGAUGUAAAUGACAACCCUCCUGUUUUCAAUCAGCCCACAUACAAUACGACAUUAUCAGAAGCGUCUCUUAUUGGUACACCUGUUUUGCAAGUUGUCUCUACUGACAUAGACUCAGGAAAUAAUAAGAUGGUUCAUUACCAGAUUGUGCAAGAUACCUACAACAGCACAGAUUAUUUUCACAUAGACAGCUCAAGUGGCUUAAUGCUGACCGCAAGGAUGCUGGACCAUGAGUUAGUACAACACUGUACUUUGAAAGUCAGAGCAACAGAUAAUGGUUUCCCAUCACUGAGCAGUGAGGUUCUGGUUCAUAUCCACAUCUCUGACAUAAAUGACAACCCUCCAGUUUUUAAUCAGCUCAUUUAUGAGUCAUAUGUGAGUGAAUUAGCCCCCCGUGGUCAUUUUGUAACCUGUGUGCAAGCCUCUGAUGCAGACAGCUCUGACAUUGACCGGUUAGAAUAUAGCAUUUUGUCUGGGAAUGACCGGACAAGCUUUCUGAUGGACAGCAAGAGUGGAGUCAUCACUCUGUCCAAUCACCGGAAACAAAGGAUGGAGCCUCUGUAUAGUCUCAAUGUGUCUGUUUCUGAUGGGUUAUUCACCAGCACUGCUCAGGUGCAUAUCAGGGUGCUUGGAGCUAACUUGUACAGUCCUGCCUUUUCACAAAGCACAUAUGUGGCUGAGGUGAGAGAGAAUGCAGCUGCUGGGACAAAGGUAAUUCAUGUUCGAGCCACAGAUGGGGACCCGGGGACAUAUGGACAGAUCAGCUAUGCCAUCAUCAAUGAUUUUGCCAAGGAUCGAUUUCUCAUAGAUAGCAAUGGACAAGUCAUCACAACAGAACGGCUAGACCGGGAAAACCCUCUAGAAGGAGAUGUUAGUAUUUUCUUGAGGGCCCUCGAUGGUGGAGGAAGAACAACUUUCUGCACUGUGAGAGUGAUUGUUGUGGAUGAAAAUGACAAUGCACCCCAGUUCAUGACAGUAGAAUAUAGAGCCAGUGUAAGGGCAGAUGUAGGAAGGGGCCACUUGGUCACUCAAGUUCAAGCAAUGGAUCCGGAUGAUGGAGCUAACUCAAGGAUUACUUAUUCCCUCUAUAGUGAGGCCUCUGUCUCAGUGGCUGACCUCCUGGAAAUUGAUCCUGACAAUGGAUGGAUGGUUACAAAGGGCAAUUUUAACCAGCUGAAAAAUACAGUGCUGUCAUUCUUUGUCAAAGCAGUCGAUGGGGGCAUUCCAGUAAAGCACUCUCUUAUUCCUGUCUACAUCCAUGUCUUGCCCCCUGAAACAUUUUUGCCUUCAUUCACUCAGUCUCAGUAUUCCUUUACCAUUGCAGAAGAUGCAGCCAUUGGAAGCACAGUGGAUACCCUGAGGAUUUUACCCAGUCAGAAUGUCCGGUUCAGCACAGUUAAUGGGGAACGGCCAGAGAAUAACAAAGGGGGUGUUUUUAUCAUAGAACAGGAAACAGGCACUAUCAAACUUGACAAGCGCCUCGACCGUGAAAUCAGCCCAGCUUUCCACUUUAAAGUAGCAGCUACUCUCCCCCUGGACAAGGUAGACAUUGUGUUUACUGUGGAUGUAGAUAUCAAGGUAUUGGACUUGAAUGACAACAAACCAGUCUUUGAAACUUCAAGCUACGAGACCAUCAUAAUGGAAGGGAUGCCUGUUGGCACCAAGCUCACACAGGUGAGAGCUACCGAUUUGGAUUGGGGAGCCAAUGGGCAGGUCACUUACUCUCUUCACUCAGAUUCCCAUCUCGAAAAGGUAAUGGAAGCAUUCAAUAUUGACAGCAACACAGGCUGGAUCAGUACCUUGAAGGACCUGGAUCAUGAGACAGACCCUGCAUUCUCAUUCUCUGUGGUGGCCUCUGACCUGGGAGAGGCAUUCUCUCUUUCUUCCAUGGCUCUGGUCUCUGUCAGGGUUACAGAUAUAAAUGACAAUGCACCAGUCUUCGCCCAUGAGGUGUACCGAGGAAAUGUGAAGGAGAGUGACCCUCCAGGAGAGGUGGUGGCUGUGCUCAGCACAUGGGACAGAGACACUUCUGACCUUAAUUGCCAAGUGAGCUACCAUAUUACAGGAGGAAACCCGAGAGGAAGGUUUGCUCUGGGCCUGGUGCAGAGUGAGUGGAAGGUCUAUGUGAAGAGACCUCUAGAUAGAGAAGAACAAGACAUUUACUUCCUCAAUAUCACUGCCACUGAUGGGCUCUUUGUCACACAGGCCAUGGUGGAAGUGACAGUCAGUGAUGUAAAUGACAAUAGCCCAGUGUGUGAUGAGGUUGCAUAUACAGCAUCAUUUCCUGAAGACAUUCCAUCUAAUAAAAUCAUCCUGAAGGUCAGUGCCAAGGAUGCUGAUAUUGGAUCCAGUGGAGAUAUCCAAUACUCACUCUAUGGAUCUGGAAGCAAUGAAUUUUUUCUAGAUCCAGAAAGUGGUGAGUUGAAAACUUUGGCUCUGUUGGACAGAGAGAGGGUCCCAGCAUACAACCUGAUCUCUAGGGCCACCGACGGGGGUGGCAGAUUUUGCCAGUCUGAUAUCCACCUGAUCCUGGAGGAUGUGAAUGAUAACCCACCUGUGUUUUCUUCUGACCACUACAAUGCCUGUGUCUAUGAGAACACAGCCACCAAGGCUUUGUUAACCAGAGUACAAGCCGUGGACCCUGACAUUGGCAUCAACAGGAAGGUGGUAUACUCUCUGGCAGCUUCAGCCAAUGGCUUCUUCUCCAUUGACAGUAUAUCUGGCAUCAUCAUCUUGGAGCAACCACUGGACCGAGAACAGCAGUCUUCUUACAACAUCAGUGUGAGAGCCAGUGACCAGAGUCCUGGACAGUCCCUGUCCUCUGUUGCCACCAUCACUAUCACUGUCCUGGAUAUCAAUGAUAACCCACCUGUGUUUGAGAGGAGGGACUACCUGGUGACAGUGCCUGAGGACACCUCUCCUGGCACCCAAGUCCUAGCUGUUUUUGCCACCAGCAAAGAUAUUGGUACAAAUGCUGAAAUUACAUAUCUUAUCCGGUCUGGAAAUGAACAGGGAAAAUUUAGGAUCAAUCCAAAGACAGGAGGUAUUUCUGUCUCUGAAGCCCUGGACUAUGAAUUAUGCAAAAGAUUUUACCUGGUUGUGGAAGCUAAAGAUGGGGGAACCCCAGCUCUCAGUGCUGCGGCCACUGUCAGCAUCAACCUCACAGAUGUGAAUGACAACCCUCCUAAAUUCAGCCAAGAUAUCUACAGUGCUGUCAUCAGUGAAGAUGCUUUGGUGGGGGAUUCUGUCAUUUUGCUAAUUGCAGAAGAUAUAGACAGCCAGCCUAAUGGACAGAUCCAUUUUUCCAUUGUGAGUGGAGAUCGAGACAAUGAAUUUGCUGUGGAUCCUGUCGUGGGACUUGUGAAGGUUAAGAAGAAAUUGGACCGGGAACGGGUGUCUGGAUACUCCCUGCUUGUCCAAGCAGUAGAUAGUGGAAUUCCUGCAAUGUCAUCAACUGCAACUGUCAACAUUGAUAUUUCUGAUGUGAAUGACAACAGUCCAGUAUUUACUCCUGCCAACUAUACUGCUGUGAUUCAGGAAAAUAAGCCAGUGGGCACCAGCAUCUUGCAGCUGGUGGUGACAGACAGAGACUCCUUUCACAAUGGGCCUCCCUUCUCAUUCUCUAUUUUGUCGGGAAAUGAAGAGGAGGAGUUUGUGUUGGAUCCUCAUGGGAUCCUUCGGUCAUCAGUGGUUUUCCAGCACAUGGAUUCUCCAGAAUACGUGCUGUGUGUCCAGGCAAAGGAUUCAGGCAAACCACAGCAAGUGUCUCAUUCCUAUAUCCGUGUGAGGGUCAUUGAGGAAAGUAUCCACAAGCCCACGGCCAUCCCCCUGGAAAUCUUCAUUGUCACCAUGGAGGAUGACUUUCCUGGUGGGGUUAUUGGAAAAAUCCAUGCCACAGAUCAAGAUAUGUAUGAUGUGCUCACAUUUGCCCUGAAAUCAGAACAGAAAAGCUUGUUCAAAGUGAACAGUCAUGAUGGGAAAAUCAUUGCCCUGGGAGGCCUGGACAGUGGCAAAUAUGUCCUGAAUGUGUCUGUGAGUGAUGGCCGCUUCCAGGUGCCCAUUGACGUGGUUGUGCAUGUGGAGCAGCUGGUGCAUGAGAUGCUGCAGAACACUGUCACCAUCCGCUUUGAGAAUGUGUCCCCCGAGGAUUUUGUGGGUCUGCACAUGCACGGGUUCCGGCGCACCUUGAGGAAUGCAGUCCUCACCCAGAAGCAGGACAGCCUGCACAUCAUCAGCAUCCAGCCCGUGGCAGGCACCAACCAUCUGGACAUGCUGUUCGCUGUGGAAAUGCACACUAAUGAGUUCUACAAACCGGCCUACCUGAUCCAGAAGCUGUCCAGUGCCAGGCGGCACCUGGAGAAUGUCAUGCGCAUCUCAGCUAUCCUGGAGAAGAACUGCUCAGGGCUGGACUGUCAGGAGCAACACUGUGAGCAAAGCUUGUCCUUGGAUUCCCAUGCACUCCUGACCUACAGCACAGCUCGAAUCAGCUUUGUGUGUCCGCGUUUUUACAGGAAUGUGCGUUGUACCUGUAAUGGAGGACUCUGCCCAGGGUCCAGUGAUCCUUGUGUGGAGAAGCCGUGCCCAGGGGACAUGCAGUGUGUUGGUUAUGAAGCCAGCAGGAGACCAUUUCUCUGCCAGUGUCCACCAGGGAAGCUCGGAGAGUGUUCAGGACACACUUCUCUUAGCUUUGCUGGAAACAGUUAUAUCAAAUACCGUCUUUCUGAAAAUAGCAAAGAAGAGGACUUCAAACUAGCUCUACGCCUGAGAACCCUGCAAAGCAACGGGAUUAUAAUGUACACCAGAGCAAAUCCCUGCAUGAUUCUGAAGAUUGUGGACGGCAAGCUGUGGUUCCAGCUGGACUGCGGUAGCGGCCCCGGAAUCUUGGGCAUCUCCGGCCGUAUGGUCAACGACGGGAGCUGGCAUUCGGUCUUCCUCGAGCUCAAUCGCAAUUUCACUAGCCUGUCCCUCGACGAUAGCUACGUAGAGCGGCGCAGGGCGCCCCUCUACUUCCAGAUGCUGAGCACUGAGAGUUCCAUCUACUUUGGCGCCCUGGUGCAGGCAGAUAACAUCCGCAGCCUGACCGACACGCGCGUCACGCAGGUGCUCAGUGGCUUCCAGGGCUGCCUGGACUCCGUGGUGCUGAAUAACAACGAGCUGCCACUGCAGAACAAACGCAGCAGUUUUGCCGAGGUCGUGGGGCUGACGGAGCUGAAGCUGGGCUGCGUGCUCUACCCCGACGUGUGUGAGCAUAGUCCCUGUAAGCACGGAGGUAGCUGCUCAGGCCUACCUUCAGGGGGCUAUCAGUGUACCUGUCUCUCACAGUUCACGGGGAGAAACUGUGAAUCAGAGAUCACAGCCUGCUUCCCAAACCCCUGCCGGAAUGGAGGAUCUUGUGACCCAAUAGGAAACACUUUCAUCUGCAGUUGUAAAGCCGGGCUCACUGGAGUCACGUGUGAGGAAGACAUCAACGAGUGCGAGCGGGAGGAGUGCGAAAACGGCGGCGCCUGCGUGAACAUGUUCGGCUCCUUUCUGUGCAACUGCACACCGGGCUACGUGGGCCAGUACUGCGGGCUGCGCCCCGUGGUGGUGCCCAACAUCCAGGCGGGCCACUCCUACGUGGGCAAGGAGGAGCUCAUCGGGAUCGCCGUGGUCCUCUUCGUCAUCUUCAUCCUGAUCGUCCUCUUCAUCGUCUUCCGCAAGAAGGUCUUCCGCAAGAACUACUCCCGCAACAACAUCACGCUGGUGCAGGACCCCGCCACGGCUGCGUUGCUCAACAAGAGCAAUGGGAUCCCCUUCCGCAACCUGCGCUGCGCCGGCGACGGACGCAACGUCUACCAGGAGGUGGGGCCCCCGCAGGUCCCCGUGCGCCCCAUGGCCUACACCCCCUGCUUCCAGAGCGACUCGAGGAGCAACCUGGAUAAGAUCGUGGACGGGCUGGGGGUCGAGCACCAGGAGAUGACCACGUUUCACCCCGAGUCCCCGCGCAUCCUGACUGCCCGGCGGGGCGUGGUGGUGUGCAGCGUGGCCCCCAACCUCCCGGCCGUGUCACCCUGCCGCUCUGACUGCGACUCCAUCCGGAAGAAUGGCUGGGAUGCAGGAACUGAGAACAAAGGGGUUGAUGACCCGGGAGAAGUAACCUGCUUUUCAGGCAGUAAUAAAGGCAGCACCUCUGAAGUUCAGUCCCUCAGCUCCUUCCAAUCAGAUUCUGGCGACGACAAUGCAUCCAUAGUGACUGUCAUUCAGCUCGUCAACAAUGUAGUUGACAAUAUAGAGAAUGAAGUGUCUGUCAUGGACCAAGGACAGAACUACAACCGAGCCUAUCACUGGGACACCUCUGACUGGAUGCCAGGGGCACGCCUGUCAGACAUAGAGGAAGUGCCCAACUACGAGAACCAGGAUGGAGGGUCUGCACACCAGGGCAGCACCCGGGAGCUGGAGAGCGAUUACUACCUGGGGGGCUAUGACAUCGACAGCGAAUACCCACCCCCUCAGGAGGAAGAGUUCUUGAGUCAGGACCAGCUGCCCCCUCCCCUCCCAGAAGAUUUCCCGGACCAAUACGAGGGCCUGCCACCCUCCCAGCCUGUCUCCCUGGCCAGCACACUGAGCCCAGACUGCAGGAGAAGGCCCCAGUUCCACCCUAGCCAGUACCUCCCGCCCCACCCAUUCCCCAACGAAACGGAUUUGGUGGGCCCACCUGUUGGCUGUGAAUUUAGUACUUUUGCUGUGAGCAUGAACCAAGGCACAGAGGCCACAGGCCCAGCAGACAGUGUGCGUCUAUCCUUGCACAAUUCCAGAGGCACCUCAUCCUCAGAUGUGUCAGCCACCUGUGGCUUUGAUGAUUCUGAAGUGGCCAUGAGUGACUAUGAGAGCGUGGGAGAACUCAGCCUCACCAAUCGUCACGUACCCUUUGUGGAGACUCAACACCAGACCCAAGUGUAGAGGACACGCUUCCGACUCUUUGCCCUGUUUGUCAUGGAAAAGUAGAAGGGGAUUGGCCGGGCUUGUGUCUCAAUGGAGAGUAUUCUGUGGAAAUGUGGUAUUUUCCUCAAGGAUUUCUUCACAAGUUACAGUAUUCACAAGCAAGCUUUACCCAAUUGGGUGAAAAGGAGAGGCUCAGAAAUUGUUUCUGAGAGGGGACCAAUAACCCUUGAAGUAGGUACCUACAUUCAUGGCUAAGAAUACAGAGGAGAGCGGGGAAUGAGUUCACUACCACUUUAAACAACAGAUCUUGUAUGGCUUUGUGCAGUAUUGUGCCCUGGAAAGUGUGACAGCAUCAGCCCUUGCAGUAUUAAUAACUGGCAACAAUAAGAAAAGUAUUGUUGCAUGUAAUUUUGAGCCACUGAAAUGAAAAUAGUAGUAAUGGUUGUUGCAAAAGUUAGUAUCUUAGAUGAAGGAAAAGAGAAACAAAUAUCAAAUAAGGAAAUGGGCUAAAGCCUUUAAAAUCAACUCUAUUUUUUUAAUAAGCUGCCCAAUUUUCAGCUAUAAAAUUAGAUUUGAGUAACAUGUUUAGUAUGCUGAGAUUUUUUUGUUUGUGUUAAGCAUCCAAAAUGAUAUAGUUAGGUUUUAUGAUCUUUGGGAAAGUUAUCAAUGAAGAGCAAUGUGAGGCUAUUUGGGAUCCACCUUGCGGGCUGGGGAGAAGGUUAAUGCUAUUCAAACAUUAGAAAGAAUGUGGUUAUCUAGUUUCAUGUUUUCUGGUAAAUAUUUCCAACUGUCACUAUAAUUCUAACUUGACUACAGGAAUUGGCCUCUCAUUAUAUUGUUCUCUAUAAUGAGAUUUAGAAGUUUAAGCAAAAUUCACAAAUUCAGGAUAAAAAGAAUGUUAUACUUUCAAAGUUUUCUGCCUGAAUAAUCACAAUUCUUAAUACUGCAGGUAAAAGGUACAUGUUAUUCUAAAUUGGUAGUAUCAUCAUUAUGAAAUAAUUGCAUUUUAAAAAGAGGAAAGUAGAUUAGUUAUUGUGUAUAAAGUAUAAUUGUGUGUGUGUCUGGGCCUAUGUAUAAAUAUGUGCUUGCACUCAAUACUCAAUAAGGCUGCUCUUGAGGAAAGCAAACAUGAAAGUUUUAGGAAAUGGACUGUGUUGAAAAUCCUGCCAGCGAGCACUGCGUACCUUCCAAUUUUUCUGAUCUCAGUGAUGUUAGAAAACCACCAAACGCCAUAGUUUAUUCCAGUUCAGUUAACUUCAUUUUGGUACUGCCAUUUGUAUAAACUUAAAGCAAAACUGUGCUUUUUAAAAACAGUAUUUUAUAAUUUUCCAGAACAAACCUCAUUUUAAAAAUGUGUAAUAUUUAUUUACACCCUGGGGUUUUCCUCCCAUCUGACAUGUGGGCUUUAGCUAAGAUUUUCCAAAACUGACAGGAGAAUUAUUCCACUGCAAAUACAGUAACCCAGUACCCAAAAGUUAAAGUUGACAAGUUGAGUGACUUUCCUCUUUUGCUUCAAUCAGAUUAUGGCCACCUAUGCAGUGACCGUGGUAAAUAAAUUGCAUAUUUGCACUAUCUGCUUAAUGAGCAAAUCUCUGUGUUCACAGUUUCUGAUGACAUCUGGCAUUGGUGUGUAAACUGUACUGUCCUGAGUCUACAUAUCAUCCACUCAGACAUACUUUUAGUUUUUUUCAGUUAUGUUUAAUCUUCUUACUUCAUUGUAGGGGUUAGUGUUUCUGAACAUAUCCAUUUAAAAAAUAAUCUCUUUUCAUUUCCAAACUUCCUGCAUAAGUGGAUACACUUCACAGAUUUUUCAGCCUUUUCCUUGUCUGUUGGUCAGACCUAUUCAUGAAGGCAUUAUCCACACUGGUCUUGAAAUAAAUGAAUUUCACUAAAGCUGCUUUCUAGAAUAAAGUCUUCGGUAUUUUUUUAUGUAAGAAGUAUAUUUGCAAGAAUCAUAGAGAAAAUGACAAACUAAUGGGCUAGAAUUGAAUCACUGCUACAUUUUUAAUAAUGCAGUGACAUAAAAACCAUCAAAGUAAAACCAACAAUUCAUUUCUUUCCCCCAGGAAAUAUUAGAAGGAGAUUAAUGCUGAUGAGUCACUACUGCUUACACAGCAUCUCUCCAAGGGAGACUGCCUGGCUGACAUAGUAACGAAUGCAUAAAUAGAUCCUAAUGCAGUCAUGAAGUCACCAAAGAAAGUGGUGCCCACCAUUUGCUCUGGCCUAUGUAAAAUAUUUCUUUCUUCAAGAUAUUUUCCCUAAUUUUCUGCAGAAUAUUUCUGCAACUAAAUAUACACCAGACAAGCAUGUUAUGUUUUGACCCAUUACCUUUAAACAAAUGAUACCUCUUCAUCUUCUGGGAAAUUACAUUUCCUGUAGAUUACAAAAUAGGUUGCAGUCAGGCUAUGGUGGAAUUAGGUAGGACGACCAUGGAUUCAAAGAACUGGUAAGGUCCUAAAGAUUUGCUAGUCCAACCCUCAUAUUUCAUAAAAGAGGAAACAUACCAAGACAGAGGAGACUUGCUCAGGCUCACACAGGAAGUUAAAUAUCCAAACAAUGACUAGAAACAUCCACUUGGACAGUAUUCUCUUUACAUGACAUUGUUCGCCACUACCCUGUGCUGAGCGUGACCACCAAUUGCUUCUGAUGGAGCCACUGACUUCCCACCAUUCCUUCUUUGUAAUGCAAGGAAAUAAUGUAUUCUCCAUGAAAAUGGAAUAUUUCUCUGGAAUCUUUAUAAUCUUCUUUCCUUGCAGCACCCUCCCCCCAGAAAGGGUAUACUUAUACAGAAUUCACACAUUUCUUUCGGUGCUCAUCAAAACUCUACUUUUCCCAAGUUAAUGUUUCUAAAAUUUUCAUGAAAUGAUAAGUACAGAAUUGAACUUAGGGCAGUCAUCAAUUAUAGUGCGUUUUUUGUUUUUAUUUUUAUUUUUCUUCCCACUAACACUGCUUCUGUUUGUUCUUACCCCUUCCUCCAUGAUGAACCACAUGGAAAAUUCUUACGCCACUUAGUAUCUUUCCCUUUUUUCUGACACUUAUGUGCCAUCUCCUGGAAGCCAUGUUCCACUUACCCUAUUGUAGGCACUUUACUGUAUUGCACAUGUUCUGGUCAGGUUGAGAGUAGUAAUGACUGUUGACAGUAGUCAUAGAGUACAUAGGCGCUAUGAGGCAAUAAACAAUGAAUAAAGUAGGUGCUUAAUUUAUUCCCAUUCUUCUACAAGUAUUUUGCUGCUGAGUUCCAUUUCAUGCCUGCUUUCAGUGUACCCAUUCAUGAAAUGCCAUAUUAUAAGACUUAGUAAUGUAAAUAGGUUAAGCCUAGGCAUCUGAGGUUCGACCUAUCAUUCUAACCAAUCAGAGAAGCCCUAGUAAGGGAAUUUCUUCUGGGAUUUAUCUGGCACAUCCUCUGGAAAUUACUAACACAGCCUAGAAAAAGAACAAGUAGAAUAUAUUCCAUUGGCCUUCUGCUUACUUCCCAUCCUCAUCCUACCCGUCAUCCUCACUAAUGCUGUGUCUGCAUAUCAAAGUCAAGGAGGCUGAGAAAAGGAUGAUCAAGAUAAAUAAUUUUAAGACCAAAAAAACACUUUUGUAUGGAAUGAUUCAGAAAGACCUAGUGUUCAUUUUGCACAGAUUGUCCAGGUAAUUGUCAGGCCUCUUCACUCUGCUGUCCUAUCAGUACAUGGAUACCGUAACGUGGUUAGGCUUUGGUCUUUUCGCUUUAUGUUUCAAGCCAUGGGAAAAGGAGAUGAAGAGGCAUUUCUCAAUGUCAUCAUUUUGUGUGGUCCAUGAAGAUGCUUAUGUUUUUGCUGGUUUGUGUCCUGCAAUGUUCAACUGCACAUUAUUCUGAUGAAAACCCACAGUGUCUUUGAGCUUCCAGUUGCAUAAUACUGAGGUUGAAAGUCACCAUGUGUGGAUUUGACAUCAGUUAAUAUUUAGCCAGCUGGCUAAGAUGGGAAAAGAAUAAGGUAUUUCUUUCCUUAUGUAAUAAUGAAAAGCAAUAAUUACAAGUAUGUAAUAAUACACAAAGGCCAUAAUUAGUCUCUUCCAAUGUUUAGGAUGCACGGGAGAAUUGUGCAGUCAUUUGGAGUGUGUUUGGACCCAUUAGUAUGUACUAUAGCACCCUUUCAGCAAACAAAUACCUGAAUCGCUACUAUUUAACAAUUUUAUGAGCCCGUACUACUGCAUUUUUGAAGUGACAAAUGUGUUUGGAAACGGAAGCAGUUCUUUUUAAGCACUGUAUCAGAGAUUGUCUUGUACAUUUACCUGUUGCAAACAGGUUGGUUUGUAAAAGAUGUAUGUUUUGGUGUUUAAAAUGUUUAUAAAAUUGUAUAUAAAUGGUUUCAAUUUUCCAGGCUUUUGUAGAUACUAUUUUGAUGCCUAUCAGGAUGCUUUAAUUUGGAGGGUCGAAUAUAAUUCUAAGUCAUCCAUGCUGUUGGUCUGCAAACUUUUGUGGUAACUACACACAAAAACAGAGGAUUUUAGAUUUGAAAAUGAUGUUUGUUAAUCAUUUCAAAAUGUACUGUAACCUUUUUUUGUUCUACUGUUUCCAUUUAACUUUCUCUGUUUUCAAGAAAAUGUUUUUUAUUGACAUUAUUUUAGGAUGAAUGUGUUUUCCGCAUUAAGUACCUGAUUUUUGUACCAUUUCAGAGUUAGAAUGAGAUGCAUCAUUUCUUCACGCGAAGCCAAACUCACCCAAACUUGCACACACACGCCACACACCAAACCUUAUGCAAAAGGGAAAGCUGACACUUGAAGUGAACCCUGUCCCUACUGAAAAUGGAUUGUUCCUGCUUAUAUUGCUGUUGGCAGUAUUCAGUCUUGUGUUCUUAAAAAAAAUGAAAGAAGAGCAAAACAAACAAAAGGACAAAAAAAAGAGGAAAAACAAACAAACCAACAACAAAAAAAACCCCAACAGUGUACAGGUUUGUAACUGCCAAAAUUUGAUGGUUAAAACAAGUUUUCAAGUAAACAAAAAAAUGAAACUA